CCCACUCCGGGGUAAAUGUCUGGGGUAAGCCGAGAACAAAUAGAGCAUGAAUCUCCGUCCGUCGAUUCCCCGUCUUUCUCUGUUCAUUCUAUCUUUACCUUGAUACUCUAUCCUCUUUAUCAUCGUGACUUCGACUUGUCGUUCCACCGACCAAUCGUCUUAGAACAUCUCCUUCCCUUUUUGUCACAACCAUGAAUUUCACCAAGGACGAUGUCGAGAUGGUUGAGGACCAGUCCUUAGGAACGGACAAUACAUGCUUAAAGACAGACCUCAAAGCACAGGCUAAGAUUGCGACGGAAAAGGAGCUGAGAAUGUCCCUGAGCGAAGCACUCAGGCGCUACCCCAAAGCCAUUGGCUGGUCUAUACUCCUCUCCACGGCUGUUGUCAUGGAGGGGUAUGAUCUACUCCUCAUCACCUCAUUCCUCGCCUUUCUUCCCUGGACAACGAAGUACGGCCAGCGCCAACCUGAUGGCAGCUAUCAACUUUCAGCAGCGUGGCAGGCUGGUCUCUAUAACGGAGCCGCUGUUGGGGAGAUACUCGGCCUCUUCGUCGCUGGUUAUCUUGCGGAACGGAUCGGCUACAGGAAGAUAAUGCUUAUAGCAUUGUCUAUUAUUACUGCCUUCAUCUUUAUCCCAUUCUUCGCACCCAACAUUAUAACACUCCAAAUCGGCUGUAUUCUUAUGGGCAUUCCAUGGGGUGUUUUUCAAACAGUCCCGACCACAUACGCGGCUGAGAUUUGCCCUGUCGCUCUCAGAGCUUACUUAACAACAUACGUCAACCUUUGCUGGGUCAUGGGUCAAUUGCUGGCUUCUGGUAUUUUACGUGCCUGUCUCACGCGUCAGGGCGAAUGGGCUUACCGCAUUCCAUACGCACUCCAAUGGAUGUGGCCAAUGCCCAUUAUAGUUGGCGUUCUUUUUGCACCUGAAUCGCCUUGGUGGUUAGUUAGGAAAGGACGAGAGGCCGAAGCUAAAGCGGUUAUCCAGCGCCUGGCACUCCAAGACCCCGACGACAUCGAAAGUGCUGAUAACACGGUGGCAAUGAUGAUCCACACCAACGAAAUCGAGAAGGAAAUGUCAAGCGGAACCUCGUACUUCGAUUGCUUCAAAGGUACUGACCUUCGCCGAACGGAAAUUUCGUGCGUGACAUGGGCGAUCCAAAAUCUCUGUGGGUCGGCAUUCAUGAACAAUUCGACCUACUUUUUCAUCCAGGCUGGAAUCAACCCUACCAACUCCUUCAAUUUUUCCAUGGGCCAGUACGCUAUCGGCUUUAUUGGAACCGUCUUAUCUUGGUUUCUACUGAGCCACUUCGGUCGACGUAGGCUAUACGUUGUCGGUCUCACUAUACUUGCCGCCCUGCUGUACAUUAUUGGCUUCACUGGCAUUGCUCCAAACUCCAACAAAGGCGCACAGUGGGCGUCUGGUUCCAUGUUACUUGUCUUUGCUCUGAUCUACAACCUGACUGUGGGCCCUGUAUGCUAUUCAAUUGUCUCAGAGAUCUCGUCGCUACGGCUCCGCGCCAAGACGAUCGUGCUAGCAAGGAUCGUGUACAAUGUCUUCAGCAUCGUGAACGGCGUUAUCACUCCAUACAUGCUUAACCCAACGGCUUGGAACUGGAAAGCGAAGACGGGAUUCUUCUGGGCGGGAUCCUGCACCCUAUGCCUUGUAUGGAGCUUCUUCCGGCUGCCCGAGUCAAAAGGCCGUACAUUUGCGGAAUUAGAUGCGCUGUUCGACCAAAAAAUCAAAGCGAGGAAGUUUGCUACAACUCACAUUGACCUCUUCAGCGACGAACCGAUUAUUGCAGAAGAUCCUUAG